UUCGUUUUCAUUUAAACCCAGCUUUGUCCACCACUUCUCCUAUCUUCUUGCUCUGACCAGAUCAAAUUCCACUACUUUACUCUUUCCUCUGUGUUCUCCAACUGAUUCUUCACAGGGUUAAGAAUGCUAAGCUUGAAGGGAGGGACAAGGCCGCCAUGGGUGGGUCUCGGAGCUUCCGUUUGGCUCACAAUAGCCGCAGGAAAUGGGAACAACUUCCCACUCUAUUCCCACACUCUCAAGUCAGUUAUGGGUCUGAACCAGCAGCAGCUCACCAUGUUUGGGGUGGCAAAUGAUAUCGGAGAGAAUAUAGGCCUCCUUCCUGGCCUUGUCUGCAACAAGUUCCCACCUUGGGUUGUCCUCCUCAUUGGUGUUUUUUCUUGUUUCAUUGGCUAUGGAACUCUCUGGCUUUCUGUUAGUGGCAUUGUUCCCAAUUUGCCUUAUUGGCUGAUAUGGAUAGCUAUAGUGGUGGCUACAAACAGCAGUGCCUGGUUUAACACCUCUUUAAUAGUGACCAACAUGAGAAACUUCCCACUAAAUAGGGGCAUGGUUUCUGGGAUCCUUAUGGGUUACGGUGGACUUAGUGCUGCAGUCUUCACUGAAGUGUACAGUGUAUUGCUUCACAACUCUUCCAACCUCUUAUUGUUCCUAGCUGUUGGGGUACCUGCCAUAUGUAUCAUCAUGGUGUUCUUCGUCCGACCGUGCACUCCUGCUUCGGGUGACGACCCAUCAGAGAAUCACCACUUUCUGUUCAUCCAAGCUGCCAGCGCCAUUCUUGGUGUCUAUGUUCUCACAGCAACAAUUCUGGAAGACAUUUUCGUGUUAAGCGUUCCUGUUUCCUAUGUCAUCCUUAUUAUCAUGGUUCUCCUUUUGUCAGCCCCACUUGCAAUUCCUUUAAAAAUGACUUUUUAUCCAUCAGUUCUCAGCAAGUCUUUCUUACUAGAUAAGGGUGCUGAAGAGACAACAACGGAGAAUCUCCUAUCGCCUAGCCUGGGAAGCUUUGAUUCUGGGGAGGGAAUCUCUGAGGUUGAUAUGCUUCUUGCGGAGGGUGGAGGGGCAAUUAAGGAAAAGAGGAGGCCUAGAAGAGGUGAAGAUUUUAAGUUCACAGAAGCUAUGGUCAAGGCCGAUUUCUGGUGUUUGUUUCUUGUCUGUUUUGUUGGGGUUGGUUCUGGGGUUACGGUCUUGAACAACCUUGCACAGAUAGGGAUCGCACAAGGUGUUCAGGACACUACAAUCCUGCUUUCGCUCUUCAGUUUCUGCAAUUUUGUGGGCCGUCUUGGCGGAGGGGUCGUUUCUGAACAUUUCGUCAGGUUUGUAGUAUUUCUCCUUCAGUUCUGUAUUUAAUUCUAUAUAAAUUCUACAUAAAUUCCAAUUUAAACCUGCUUCCUUUUUAUAGAUUUACACCUUCCCUAUUUUUCUAAAAAGGAUAAAAAGCAAGACUUAUAUUUAUUCAUUUGAAUGUGGCAAUGUUGUUGCAGGUCAAAAGCUCUUCCACGAACAUUUUGGAUUGCAUGCACACAAGCAGUGAUGAUACUUACAUACCUUCUAUUUGCUUCUGCUCUUGAUGGAACCCUCUACAUUGCAACAGCUCUACUCGGCAUCUGCUACGGAGUUCAUUGCGCUGUAGGGCCCCCCACUACAUCCGAGCUGUUCGGCUUGAAGCAUUUCGGGUUAAUUAUCAAUUUCCUUGGCAUAGGGAACCCUCUCGGCGCGUACCUCUUCUCGGGCCUCCUCGCGGGAUAUUUGUAUGAUGAUGAGGCUGCAAAGCAGCACAGUGACACUUGCAUCGGUCCUAACUGCUUCAGGGUAACAUUUCUAGUUCUGGCGGGACUUUGCUCUGUCGGAUGCCUUCUUAGCAUACUCCUGACUGUGAGGAUAAGGCCGGUGUACCAAACGCUUUAUUCUGGGAGCUCAUUUCGCUUGCAACAAAGCUUGAACCUUUGAAGUAUUGUGAACAACUACUUUCGGGAUCUUUGCAGUUUUAGUAAUCUAUAGAUCCUAUGUUUGCUCCCUCUUUUUAUCACUGUGGAGUAAAAAGCAAGAGUUUGUUGUUUGCUCGUCAUAAACAUCAGAAUUGUGUGUGUAUUGUGCUUGUUUCCGUAACAUAUACGUAUUAGUAAUAUAUUGUGUUGGUAGAGAAGCAUAUGGGGGUAAAUACAAAUGUCUCCAUGAAAACUUUAGUAAUUUGAGCAGUGCAAUAUAUUAACACUCCUUUCAUAGUUUGGCCUUUACUGUGUUCACCG